AUGGCUCAGCUGAAAUAUUACUAUGAUUUGAUGUCGCAGCCUUCAAGAGCUGUGUACAUCUUUCUGAAAGCAAAUAAAAUUCCCUUUCAAGAUAAACCUGUUGCUUUAAGAAAAGGUGAACAUUUCAGUGAAGACUUUAAGAAACUCAACCCCAUGUCUAAAGUUCCAUUUGUUGAUGAUAAUGGUUUCAUUUUGACUGAGAGUGUAGCUAUAUUAAAGUAUUUAUGUAGUAAAUAUAAAGUGAAAGAUCACUGGUAUCCUCAGUCUGAUGUGAAAAAGGUAGCCAGAGUAGACGAAUAUUUGAACUGGCAGCACACAAAUACUAGAUUAAACGCUGCUUUAGUCUUUCAACAUUUGUUAAUACUACCAAAAAUGACAGGCAAAGGUGUGAAUGAGAAUCAACUAAAUAAAUUCAAAAAAGGUGUAAAAGAAACGGUGUCCUCUCUUGACAGAUAUUAUCUGAAUGGAAAACCUUAUCUCUGUGGUGAUGAUAUUUCUAUUGCUGAUAUCUUAGGUGCUUGUGAAUUGAUGCAGCUUAGAGCCGUCCACGAGGAACAUCUAUACACAGAGAACCCUACAGUACUGGCAUGGAUGGGGCGAGUCCGUGAAAAACUUAAUCCUGAAUUCGACUCGGCUCAUAAAUUUAUUGAACGAACCAGAGAUGUAUAUCCUCACAUUAAAGCAAAUUUAUAAAUAUAUAUAUUAUAAACAUUUAUUAAGAAUCAUAUACCCACUGCUAGCUUUCAUUGGUGGCGCCACCAGUUUGCCUGGUAGCGCUAUGGCAACCUCAAGGAUAUAAGAGAGUUCACCCCAGAAAAAUAAAAUAGUUUG